UCCACCCCCAACACAGAGUUCAUAUCCAUUAAGAAACAAAUUACCACUAAAUAAGUUCAUUUUUUUUUUCACAUCUUGUUUUCUGCAGCCAGCAAAGUUUUGAUCAGAGAGAGAGAGAUCUGCUCAGAGAAGAAGAGAACUCUCGAAUUCAUUAGCACCAAUGGCUCGUGGAUCGUUUAUGAUCUGGUAUUACUUUUAAGAGGAAAGAGAUCUACACAAAGCAGUUUUCGCUUCAUCGGCAGAGCAAUGUCUAGUGGAUUGCAUCUGUUAUUGUUGAUCUCCUCUUUUCAUCUCAUGGCUUUGUCAACUUCAACAAAGGAUAGCAGUUUUGUCUUCAACGGCUUUGGAAAAGCGGAUCUUUCUGUAGAUGGGUCAGCCACGGUGCUUCGCAGUGGAUUAUUGCAGCUUGCUAAAGACACGGAGCAUCAAAUGGGCCACGCGUUCACCAAGAACCCAGUCGAGUUCAGCUCCUCUAAGCCACUGUCAUUCUCAACACACUUCGUCUGUGCUCUGGUGCCUAAGCCAGGAGUCGAAAGCGGGCACGGCAUCACCUUUGUCAUAUCCCCUUCGGUGGAUUUCACUCGGGCGCAGCCAAAUCGGUACUUUGGGAUUUUCAACGCCUCAACGGGUGGAUCUAACUCCUCCCGCCUCUUUGCUGUUGAGCUCGACACUAUUAAAAACGGAGAGUUCGAGGAGACGAACCAUAACCAUGUUGGGAUUGAUGAGAACGAUCCCAUUUCAGUGGAAUCAGCACCGGCUUCUUACUUCUCCGAGACAGAACAGAGGAAUGUGAGUCUUAACCUCUCUAGUGGAGACACGAUACAGGUUUGGGUUGAUUACGAACGCACUGUACUCAAUGUCUCCGUGGCUCCUCUUAAUGUUGUCAAGAAGCCAAGUCAGCCUCUUUUGUCACGAGCCAUGAACCUCUCAGAUUUGUUUCAAAGCACAAGAUUGUUCGUUGGUUUCUCUGCUGCAACGGGGUCAGCAAUCAGCUACCACUAUCUUCUUGGGUGGAGUUUCAGCACAAGCAGGGAACUACUGCAGCCACUUGACAUCUCAAAGCUUCCUCGAGUUCCUCGGCAUAGAGUUAAGCAUAAGAAACCAUAUGCUCUCAUCGUCGGUCUGCCCGCUGCACUUGCUAUCAUCGUAAUUUCACUUCUUGCAGGAGUUUAUUACCACAGGAAGAAAAAGUAUGCGGAAGUGAGCGAGCCUUGGGAGAAGGAAUACGGUACACACCGCUUCUCAUACAAAUCUUUAUACAUAGCAACUAAAGGGUUCCACAGGGAUGGGUUUCUAGGAAGAGGUGGGUUUGGAGUAGUGUACAGAGGAGAUCUCCCUGAGAGCAAACCUAUAGCUGUGAAGAGAGUUUCUCAUAACGGUGAGGAAGGGAUGAAGCAGUUUGUGGCUGAAGUCGUGAGCAUGCGAAGCCUGAAGCACAGGAACCUCGUUCCGCUUCUUGGGUAUUGCAGGAGAAAAGGAGAGCUUUUGCUCGUUUCCGAGUUCAUGCCCAACGGGAGUCUUGACCAGCACUUGUUUGAUGACCAAAGUCUUGUUCUUUCUUGGUCACAAAGACUUGUGAUUCUCAAAGGUAUUGCCUCUGCGCUCUUUUAUCUCCACACGGGAGCUGAACAAGUUGUGCUGCAUCGAGACAUCAAAGCUUCCAAUGUUAUGUUAGACGCUGAGCUGAACGGCAGGUUAGGAGAUUUUGGUAUGGCUAGGUUUCAUGACCAUGGAGGCAACGCAGCCACGACAGCAGCUGUAGGUACUGUAGGGUACAUGGCUCCUGAGCUAAUAACAAUGGGAGCUUCCACUGUAACCGAUGUUUAUGCAUUUGGUGUUUUUAUGCUUGAAGUAGCGUGUGGAAGGAAACCUGUGGAGCCUGGGAUGGAAGCUGAGAAACGGUUUCUCAUCAAAUGGGUUUGUGAAUGCUGGAAGAAAGAUUGUUUGCUUGAUGCCAGAGAUCCCAGAUUUGGAGGAGGAUUCGUACCCGAGGAGGUCGAGUUGGUUAUGAAAAUCGGGUUGCUGUGUACAAACAUCGUGCCCGAAUCAAGACCGACAAUGGAACAAGUGGUUCUUUACUUAAACGAUAACCUACCAUUGCCGGAUUUCUCGCCAUAUACGCUUGGGAUCGGCUCAUUUACUCCAGUAGUGGUGGAUGCAGCCUCUCUUACGGGCACAUACACUUCAAGGAACUGGUCUGCUCCUUGGGCAUCUUCUUCAUCAGCCAACAACUCAGAGGAGCAUGAACAACCAUUGGAAUCUAAGAAAUCUCUAAACGUAGUUGUAGAAUCAGAAGACAUUGAGGCUCGCCUCUCCAAGCCAACCAGUGGCUGCUGAUACAGUUUAUGAGUAUCCAUUGGAUGUUAAUCUGAACACAUAGGUGCUGCUUAUUGGUGAAUGAUCUCAUUGGGAGUUCAUUCGCUUAGGAUACUCAUGUAUAACUUGUGAAUGUUUCAAUUUCAGGUCUUCUUCAUUGUAUUUCAGCAUAUGUUUUUUUUUUUAAAACUUUCUAGUGAUCUGGUGACUAUUGUUUUUUUUCCACUCAAUGUACAUUCUUUCUUUUUUUGAGGAUUAACUGAACACCACCA